CAGUCUCCCUCCUGCUCCCAAAAGAAGAACAGUCUCUUCCAAUUGUGGAUGGUUAAGAUACGACCACUUUCCUUCUACUGUGAGUGUCUCUGGAUGGACAGGAAAGAGCAGGAACCCCCAGGUCAUGGGCACCAGUCCAGAGAGUAACUGAGGUCAUCUCUGGAAUGCUGUGACUGCUUCUUCUGCCCCUCCUCUGCCAUUUCUCUGUCUCUGCUGUUGGAAGGUGUGUGUCUGUUCUUUUGGGAGGGGGACAGCAGAACCCUGGCUGCCAGAGAUGCAAGUGGGUACCUUGCCCUGUGCGCACACUUAUGUGUGUGUGACCAUGAGGGUGUCACUGGGUAUGUAAGAUGCCCCUGUGUCUGGACAUGUGCACAUGUAGGUGUGUGAGUGUGAGGUGUGUGUCCUCAUUGUUCUCCCAGCCCUUCUCUCCAAGCUGAGCAGAGAGGGUGACCUUGAAGAGGCCACAAGCGCAGCAGCACUAUGGCUUCGGCUGCCUCUGUGACCAGCCUGGCAGAUGAGGUCAACUGCCCCAUCUGCCAAGGGACCCUCAGGGAGCCGGUCACCAUUGACUGUGGCCACAACUUCUGCCGCAUCUGCCUCACCCGCUACCUUGAGAUCCCCAGCCCGGACCCCGAGGAGCCCCCAACCUGCCCACUCUGCAAGGAGCCUUUUCGCCCAGGGAGCUUCCGGCCCAAUUGGCAGCUGGCCAGCGUGGUGGAGAAUAUUGAACGUCUCAAGCUGGUGUCCCGGCUGGACAUAGAAGAGGAGGACAUCUGCCCCGAGCACGGGGAGAAAGUCUACUUCUUCUGCGAGGAUGAUGAGAUGCAGCUGUGCGUGGUGUGCCGGGAGGCCUGGGAGCACCGUGCCCACACUGUGCGCUUCCUGGAGGACGCGGCUGGGCCCUACAGGGAACAAAUACAGAAGUGUCUUGAGUGUCUAAGAAAGGAGAGAGAGGAGAUUCAAGGAAUUCAGUCAAGAGAAAAUCGAAGGAUACAAGUCCUCCUGACUCAGGUGGCCACCAAGAAACAAAAAGUGAUUUCUGAGUUUGCACAUCUGAGCCAGUUCCUGGAGGAACAGCAGAGCAUCCUCUUAGCCCAGUUGGAGAGGCUGGAUGGGGACAUCUUAAAGCAUCGGGAUGAGUUUGAUGUCCUGGUCACUGGGGAAAUCUGCCGGUUUAGCACCCUCAUUGAAGAACUGGAGGAGAAGAAGGAGAGGCCAGCAAGGGAGCUCCUGAUGGAUAUCAGAAGCACUCUAAUAAGAUGUGAAACCAGAAGGUGCCGGAAACCAGAGGCUGUAUCCCCUGAGCUGGGCCAGAGGAUUCGGGACUUCCCCCAGCAGGCCCUCCCGCUGCGAAAGAAGAUGAAGACGUUUCUGGCUCACAUCUCUCUAGACCCCUGGACUUCCCACCCGAAGCUCCUCUUGUCUGAGGACCACCAGCAGGCUCGCUUCUCCUAUAAAUGGCAGAAGUCACCAGACAGCCCCCAGCGUUUCGACCGGGCCACCUGUGUCCUGGCCCAUGGUGGCUUCACUGGGGGGAGACACACGUGGGUGGUGAGUGUGGACUUGGCUCCCGGGGGCAGCUGCACCCUGGGUGUGGUCAGUAAGGACAUCCGGCGGAAGGGGGAGCUUCGGCUGCGGCCAGAGGAGGGGGUGUGGGCGGUGAGACUGGCUUGGGGCUUCGUCUCGGCCCUGGGCUCCUUCCCCACCCGCCUGGCCCUGGAGGAGCAGCCCCAGCAGGUGCGCGUGUCUGUUGACUACGAGGUGGGCUGGGUGACCUUUGCCAAUGCCGUCACUCAGGAACCCAUCUACACCUUCACUGCCUCCUUCACCCAGAAGAUCUUUCCCUUCUUUGGGCUCUGGGGACGAGGGUCCAAGUUCUCCCUGAGCUCCCUAGAGGGUGCAGCUAACCUCCCCUAAGCACAGGGUCCAAAGAGAGGACCCAAGGACUUGACCCUGGCUGGGUCACCUGUAAGAUUCAGAACAGUAGUAACUGCUUUAGAUGAUGUGAUAGAAUCAGGACUUUGGCAAGGGACAGGUGGAAUGACCUUCAGUCUGCUGAUCAAGCCCUUACCUCAAUGACCAGUGGAUGGGACUCAGACCACUGCCAGCCCUCCUCACCACCAUCCCCACCAGGCACAGAAGUAGCUGUGUAGAGGAAGGAAUACCGGAUUUGGGGCCAGAAGACUUGGGUUCUAGAUCCAGCCUUGUAAUCAACGAAUUAUAUGAUCUUAAACUAGGCAUCUCACCUCUCUUCAUCUUGUUUUCUCCCCCCAAAAUAUUAGAGUUCAUUUACUCGUAUCCUUAAGAAAUAUUUAUUGUAUGCUAAUUAUGAGCCAAGCAGUAUGGUAGCCACUGGUGAUAUGAAAACAAAAGGAAAAAAUUUUGUCCUGUAUCUAAAGGAGCUCAAGAGAAGAGACAGAGACAAAAGGAGGAAAUGAUAGCACAGCGUGAUGGGCGCUGUGAUAGGGGUCUGACCCGGGUACUAGGGAAGCCAAGAGGAGGGGCAUAACCCAUCUUGGAGGUAACAGGAGGUGAGUUGGAGAGGGCUUUCUGGAAAGGAUGAGUCUAAAAGAUGAGUAUAAUGAAUGAUGAAAGGAGGGGAAUAAGCCUCUUAGGAAGAAGAGACAGCAGAGAACUAGCUGGAUGAUCUGUGACCACUGGGACACUGGGUCACCUCCACUGUCCUCGCAAACAGAUGUGCUGCCACCCCGACUCUUGACACCACUCAAUGCCUCCUUCUGGCUGAGAUGAAAAUUCAGGGCCUUGGUGGGAAGGGCACAGGGGAAGUAUCGCUAUAAGCCACAACCCAAGGACCACACUCAACCCCUGGGGAAAAGCGUCUUCCUGAUCACCAUCUGAGGUUGAGAAGUGAGACGAAAGGAAUGAGACGGUGGAAAGGACUGAGUCUCAAAUAGCUCAGCUGUGGGAGCAGAAAUAGCACCAUCGUAAGCUCUGUGCUGGGUAAAGAAUCCCAGGUGGAGGCAGGGGGUGAACUGCAUGACCUGUGACUUUUAGCCCAAAGCACUGGGACUGCUCUAGGGCUAGACAAGAAGUACCAUCUGAGGGAUGGGGCAGAAGAAGGGAGAGAAUUAGGGAUUUGUAGAUGUGUGGAUUUGGGUGGUGAGCCGCGGGGGAGCAGGUUGCAUUUGCAGAAGCUGUGGCCACGGGUGGUGUGAAGAAGUUGAUUAUCCGUGACUCCAGAAAUCCCGCUGCCUGGUGUGAUUCUGGGACAGGAAAAAGCACUAACACGUGGCUGCCUAGAAUUUCUAAAAUGACUUCCCUCGUCCCAAGGAAUUUAAAAUCCUAUGCAUAAUAAAAGCAU